AACUCCAACCGUCUGAGAAAACACACGGAGAGGAUGAGGAGUGAACACAGACAGAAACACCUGAUGAAGUGUGACGUCAGAGUGCAGAUAGAGAGGGGCGGAGUCACACAGGCCGUCAGAGGAGUCCUGAACAGGUCAACAGGACGCUCCGACAGUCGCAUUAAAUGGAAGACGAUCAAACCUCACCUGCAGAAGGAGGGGCGGAGCCUGGCGGCGUUUUUCUGCGGACUGCUGUUGGCGUCUGUAUACGGGCUCACGGCUCUCUUCCUGCAGAAACAGCCGCUGUGGUUCUGCGUGUACACCACCAUCGCCAUGGCCGCCCUCGCAGCCUUCGGUUUGGGUCUGUCAGCCGGCGUCCGAGCCGACGUCACGGUGAUGCUGCCUUCUCUCUGCUCAGGUCAUGGGCGGAGCUUCCUGCUUUUCCUGUUUGUCUCGGCGCUGCUGUCCGGUCCGCUCACCAACACGCUCGAAAACACAGAGCGAGCCGCCGCCAGUCUGCUGUGUGGAGCCGAGCUGGCAGCCAAUCAGACGCAGGAACUGAUGCAGAGAUCAGCCACGCCCCUUUUCUCGGCGUUGGACAAAAUCAGAGAGAUCAGCAGUAACGCUCACGCCGUCGCAGGAAGAGUUCAGAACUUCAUCCACACUCUGACCGACAGCGUCCGCCAUGUUGCUCGCACUCUGAGGAACGUCCUUCACUUCCUGGUGGACAUCGGGGACAAGUGUAACGCCAUACUGGGCUCCCCGUACAGGAAGUGCCGGGCAGUGUUCCUGGAUGCCCAGGCCGACUGCUCCGACCUGCUGGGAGAGUUCAACUUCCUGUGUGACAUCGUGGACGUCUUCCUGCCGCUCUGCAGCCUCGCCCGUGCCGGCGAGCUCUUCUGCACCAUCCCCUCCUACAUCGCCGGCCAUCUGAAGAAACGCCUGGCAGCCCCGACGGUCGCAGCGUUCCAGCGACUGAAGCGAGAGUUCGACUUCAACAUCUCGGCCUCGGUGAAGUUCGACCUGGACGCCAACAGCAGCCGCUCUCUGCAGCAGGUGUCCCGGGACAUCAUGGAGGAAGUCUCCUCAGAGCUGCACCUGUUUCAGACGCUGAGCGCACCGCUGACAUACGGCGGCCUCGUCCUGCUCGCCUGCUCCUACCUGAGGGCGGUGCGGUACAGACGUAGGUAUCUCUCUGACCUCGACUUCGAUAACGUCUACAUCAGCGCUCAGUUUGAAGAGCUCGACCGUCAGCUGACCUCAGGGGGUGGGGCCUCAGUUCUGCCAAUCACACGCCUGGAGGCCAAGACCUACAUCACACCACUGUCGUUUCACCUGUCUGGACGCGAGUGGCGUGCGGUGCUGGCGGGCGUGGUCUCCGUGCUCAGACACCUGGUGAUGGGCGGCCUGCUGGUGGCGCUGGACUUCCUGGUGUUCUGGAUGCUGGAUCAGGUGCAGAAUCAGGUGAAGGGGGACGUUGUGGCCAGAGCCCCGGUGACGGUUGCUGUGCAGGUGAACGGAUCGGGUUACGCCUCAGACAUCUUCAAAGACCUGGUGACGUCGUUUAACAUCCUGCAAGGAGGAAACAUCACCGUGAUCAGCAGGAAAUGUCUGCUGGCGCCGUCAGAGCCCGACUACAGCACCUGCUUCACCCUCGGGUUCCUGUUGGGUCUGUCUCUGCUGGUCUCUCUGAGUAGGGGGUUCAUGCAGCGCUGCAGACGACUCGCCUGUGCUUCAUAUCAUCCACACAGAGAGCAGGAGAGGAUCCGGUUCCUCCGACAGCAGAUCCUGGACCAGAGGUGGACGCUGGGAAAUGUCCUGAGGAGGUCUGCAGCCCGGAUCAGAGCUGACGGAGGAGGAGGAGGGAGUCAUCUUCAAGCUCUCCUGCUAAGGUUACCUGGAGGGGUUCACCUGUCUCACCUGCUGGGUCUGUCUCUAGUUACCUGUCUGGCAUGUGGUGAGGAGGUGAGACAGGACGAGGACAACAUGGCCGCCUGUGACGUCCCACAGUGUGCAGGCGUGUUCUGUCGGCCAUGUUUCCACAGUUUGGGAAACACGUGUGUGGCCUGUGAGCGACCUCUGACCUCGCAGGAAGACGGCGAGGAAGAGCUAGACUCCAGUGAUGACGAGCAGCUCGACUCCACCCACAGAGCCACGAGGAGGGGGAGGGGGGCGGUCUCCAUGGCAACACGCCCAAGACCACGAGAGAGCGACACCGGUGUCUCCCCGGACUCUAAGCUCAGUGAAGCAGACAUGACGUACCAGGACCGACCCGGGUCAGACGACAGUGAACCCGACACCACACAGGACGAGACGCUCCACAGGGUCAUCACCCACACCUGAGUGUCCCCAGAACGUCCAGGACUCUCCAGGAUCUCCAGGACUCUCCAGGAUCUCCAGGACUCUCCAGCAUCUCCAGGACUCUCCAGGAUCUCCAGGACUCUCCAGGAUCUCCAGGACUCUCCAGGACAGGAGGAAGUUUCUCUUUUCAAUGAAACAAAAAAAUGUGAAAAUAAAAGUGAAACCUGCUUCAUUUCAAACUGA